AUGUCCUUAUGUGACAUUUAUAUGGCUAUUAACAGUUUGUUUAAUCGAAGUCUGAUGAAAGCAGACAACUACAUGACUUCCAGGCUUGUGAUUGUUUCCAGUCGGGUCAGGAAUGUUAGCUCUUUGAGACAUGCUCUCCUUGCUGGCGUCAAUUUGCUGCAGUAUAACUGUGAAUCACAUACUUUAGACGACAUUGAAUCCCUUAUUGCACAAAUAUGCAAGGGCCAAAAACUGCAAAGGAUCAAAGAAGAAAAGUUAAUACAAAGAGAUGGAAGCUUAGAUAAGAGUGUACAAGCAUUUUUUGUACAUAUUGUGCAAAAUCAUUUUGUGAAUACAGACCCAGGAUCACGCAUUGAUUUUCUGGGAUGGUACUCUUUGCAGUCUGUAGAAUGUACCCCUGUAGUAGUCAAGGAGAUACAAUCAUUGACUGGGAUUGUUGUUGGGGUAUGGCAUGAUUUAUCUGGACAUGCUUCUAGUCACAACAUUUCGGAGGAACUAGGAUCAAAAUUGACUGUAGGAGAGUUGUAUUUUCGACUGGAGAAACUAAGAAACUGGAGUGGCCGUCAUCAGCAGAGUUUGGCAGGUUUUGAGAAGAUCAGAACUGUGGGGAAAGGAGCAUAUGGAGCUGCAGUUUUAUAUAAAAAGAAAGACGAUGAGUCAUUAGUCAUAUUAAAAGAAAUAAAUAUGCACGACCUGAAUGCAUCUGAAAGACAGUUAGCUCUGAAUGAAGUCAACGUUUUAGCCAUGCUGGAUCAUCCAAAUAUCAUAAGGUACUAUGAUAGUUUUGAAGAGGAUGGUGUUUUGAUGAUUGAAAUGGAAUAUGCAGACAAUGGGACUUUGUCACAGUAUCUGGCCAAGCAGGAUCAUCCCAUAGAGGAGAAAGACAUUCUUGCAAUGUUUCGUCAGAUUGUUGGAGCUAUUCGAUAUGUUCAUUCCCACAACAUACUUCACAGAGAUCUCAAAACUGAUAAUAUAUUUUUAACUAAGGAAGGUGUUGUGAAAAUUGGAGACUUUGGUAUAUCCAAAAUGAUGGGUUCUGCAAACAAAGGAGCACAAACAGUGCUAGGUACACCAUACUACAUAAGCCCAGAAAUGUGUGAGGGAAAGCAGUACAGUUUCAAGUCUGAUAUUUGGGCCCUUGGCUGUAUUCUUUAUGAGAUGACUUGCUUACAGAAAACAUUUGAAGGAUCUAAUCUGCCAGCGGUUGUCAAUAAAAUUAUGAAAGGAUAUUUUGCACCUGUGAGAGGAAAUUAUAGUGAAGAAUUUAAACAACUAAUAACAGACAUGCUUAAGAAAAAUCCAGAUGAUCGACCUGAAGCCAAUGAUAUUAUGUACAAACAUCUUCCUCCGUUGAUAAAUAAUGUGAAUGGAAGAAUGUCUGAUCAGGAUGAUGAGCUAGCCUCUUCAGAAAAUAUAAACAAAAAAGAAAAACUUCGUUCAGUAUUGUACUAUCUUGAAUCAUCCACAACUACUCUUACUUGUGUCAGUGAUCUUCCACCUCGCAUGAAAAUUAAGCACAUGGCAGUUGGUCCUGACCAUGUCAUUGUAACAACAACAGAAAGACAAGUGUUCACUUGGGGUCAGGGAGGAUAUGGACAGUUAGGGCAUGGUGAUACCAAUGAUCGAUACACACCAACUCUUGUGGAACACCUCAAAGGAAAGUCAGUCAAUUUAGUUAGCUGUGGACAGGGCUUUAGUAUCUUUGGUAGUGAUAAUGGCCUGGUUCUUACUUGUGGAGAUGGCAGUAAAGGGUGUCUAGGUCAUGGCGACUGGUGCUCUACAACACGGCCUAGGCUUAUAGAAUCAUUGCUGAGUGUAGAUGUAAUAGUAAUGGCCAGUGGGCUCAAUCAUGUUGUGGUCAUAGGAAGAGAUGGAGCUGUCUUAUCUUGGGGUGAUGGAUCUUGUGGCCAGCUGGGGCUUGGUUCAGAAGAAAAGCUCUGCUUACCAACUAAAGUGCAUGUAGAAGAGGCUGUGAUAUUUAAAGAUGUGCAAUGUGGAGUAGAUGGUACAAUGCUCAUAUCUGACGUAGGGGGUGUCUUUGCAUGUGGAAACAAUGAAUACAAUAAGCUAGGUCUCAACAACAGGCAAGGAUUUCUCAUGGCAAUGAAAAAUAUUUUCACUAAAACUGAAGUUGAAGGUAAGAAUGUUCCAACCUCCUCCGUGUCUAUGGGUGCACAUCACACAGCUUGUAUUGUUGAGCAUGGUCAUGUUAUCACAUUUGGGAAGAAUUCAGAUGGACAGUUGGGAACACAGAAUACAAAGCCAUCAGGUGCUCCCAUGGAACUCAAAAGUCUUCAGGGGAAAAUAGUCAACCAUGUACAGUGUGGUGAGCAUUUUACAGUGGCUAGCACAAAGGACCAUGAGCUGUACUAUUGGGGACUUCGAUAUACUGCUCCACCAGUGGCCAGAUUUGCAGAUUCAGCUAGUCAGUCGAGCUGCAGUGAUGGAGGAGCAUGUCUAUGCAGCUCAUGUCACAAGAAGGAUGUGCCACAGAACAGCACAUCUAAAUCUUCUUUAUCAGAUGCCAAUAUUGAGGAAAAUACUCAACAAAGCAGCUGCCCUGGAAGAGAAGUCAGCGAUGACAGUCAGCCGCAUUCACAAUCUGAGGUAGAGUCUCAAGGCUUUCAACCACUUAGCAGGGUGCCAAAGCGUUCUAUGAGUGCUAGUAGUCAGGAAAACAGCAAAGACAGAGAUAAGGAGAUAAUUAGAGAUACCAGCAUUGUCAUCUUAUAUCCCAUGGAAAUCAUCAAAUUAAAACAAGGAAAUGAAAAAAUGUUACUGGGAAACAUCAGUUGUCAUGGUGAAAAUCUGUUUAUUCAGGUGGAAACAACUGCUCCUCCUCCUCGUCGCCGAACAUUUAAGAAAAAAAUUAUCAGACACAAAUCUACCCACCCCCUAUCACACAUCACUGUGCAGUCUGCUAGUAAUUUAUAUGAACGUGGUAUAAACCUUGAGGAAAAUUCAUUUUCAUCUGAAAUGUCAGAAUUAGAUAUGAAUGAUUCAGUUCCAACAUGGCUGAAGGAUGAACUAGCUCAAAGUAUUGACAUCAUCAGUGAUGGAAAUGAACCGGAUGACACCAGUGGACAAUCAGAAGAGGAGAGGAGAGCUGGUGGAAUAGAUUCAUCCAUGUCCAGCAUUCAGGUCAAUAGAAUUUUGACUCCUGUGGAGAGUGAUCAUUGUUACACCCCACGAAAGGAAAGUCGAGUAUUUGUCAGUGGAGAUAAAUGUAGUUCACGUUGUCAGAUUCACACAUCACACUUACAUAACAAAUCUUGCUCUGCAAAUUUGGCUAAAAAUAACCUAGAUACAGUAAAUACUGGACUGUAUUCAGACAGCAGUUCAGGAGUUGUUUUAAAGUAUAAAAGGUAUAAUGUAAUGCCAGCUCUCUCAUUGAAUGCAGCUGCAGUACCUGUGACUUCACAAGGGAAAGUAAAGUCAGAGAGGACCCAUACAAAAUGUAAGGUACCAGUUAAAGAGUGUGCGCAGGGCCGUUCUGUAAAUUGUAAGGAAAAAGUAGGCUGCCGUGGCAUUGUUUCAGAUGUCACAUUUAAACGCAGGGAAGAAUUGUUGUUACUUGAAUUAGAGAAGAUCAAAGUAAAGAAAAAACAGGCAGAUGCCAAAAUUCAAAUGCUUGAGAAAGAAAGAGAUAUUCACAGAAUAUUACUGCAUAAAGAAGUGGAAAAACGAGCUCAGGAACAAGAAAUUACACUCAUUGCUGAAGUUAAAAAAUUGCACAUUGAAAUGGAAACUCAGAAUUCUUUACUUGAAGACCAGCAAAGGAAAGUAGAAAGAUUACAAGAUCAACUAAGGCAGGUAAUGGCAGCACAGGAAUGUUUCAGACAUGGAUCUCUGGCACAAAAACUAAUAAGUCCAUCACACUAUGACAGAUCCUCUUAUCCACCAAGUCCUGCUACUCAAAGGUUAGGAUCAGCACUCAGCAAAAGAAGCAGCAGUAAGGUGUGUGUACUACAGUGA